ACACAUAAAGGUUAAAUGACGUCAGCAGUGGAUCCAGUCAGUAGAAGGAGAGCAUCCUGCUCCUCCUCCCAGCACUGCUGCUGUUGCUGCUGCUGUGCGCCCAAGGAGGACUCUGUUUUCUGCUGUCUUGCUCUUCUUGGGACUAACAACAUGGGGAGAUUAGAUGCGCUUCGGCAGUUUAAUUUGUUGAAAUGGCUCAGAGAGGAGAGACAGUCGAGGAAACUGAUUCUCUUCAUUGUUUUCGUCGCUCUGCUCCUGGAUAACAUGUUGCUGACUGUAGUCGUCCCCAUCAUUCCCAGCUACCUGUACAACCUGGACGAGUCAACAGACGUGGUGUUGAAGAACAACACCCUGUCACAGCAUGGUCCCCCAGGAGCCUUCAACAGCAUUGUGUCCUUAUACGACAACACCUUGAGGUCUUCAGGCUCUAACAGGUCUACUGACCCGGUCCCUUCAGCCCUUGCUGCUACAGAGCUGCCACAAAACUCCUCUAGCUGCCCCCAGUCCACCAAGAAGCUGCACAAUGAAAAUGUCAAAGUGGGAAUGCUGUUUGCCUCCAAGGCCACCGUACAGCUGAUAACCAACCCCUUCAUAGGGCCACUCACAAACAGAAUAGGAUACCAGCUUCCCAUAUUUGCUGGCUUUUGUAUCAUGUUCCUCUCUACAAUCAUGUUCGCCUUCUCAUCGAGCUACGCUCUGCUGUUUCUGGCCAGAUCGCUUCAAGGUGUGGGCUCCUCCUGCUCGUCUGUGGCUGGGAUGGGGAUGCUUGCAAGUGUGUACACCGAUGAUGAGGAGAGAGGUCACGCCAUCGGGAUCGCCUUGGGAGGUCUGGCAUUGGGAGUAUUAGUUGGACCCCCAUUUGGCAGUGUGAUGUAUGAUUUUGUUGGGAAGACAGCUCCUUUCCUCAUUCUGGCUUUCCUGGCUGUGUUUGACGGAGCUCUACAGCUCUUUGUUCUUCAGCCCACCAAGGUGGAACCAGAGAGUCAGAAAGGGACACCGCUGUUGACACUAAUGAAGGAUCCAUACAUUCUAAUCGCAGCUGGUGCCAUUUGUUUUGGAAAUAUGGCCAUUGCCAUGUUGGAGCCAACGCUGCCAAUCUGGAUGAUGGAGACCAUGUGUGCCAGGAAAUGGCAGCUAGGCGUCGCUUUCUUACCAGCAUCCAUCUCCUACCUUAUUGGAACCAACAUCUUCGGCACGUUGGCGCACAAGAUGGGGAGAUGGCUUUGUGCUCUCAUUGGAAUAAUGGUGGUUGGAAUCAGUAUAAUAUGUGUUCCAUUUGCUACAGACAUCUAUGGUCUGAUUCUUCCAAACUUUGGUGUUGGUUUUGCUAUUGGCAUGGUGGACUCCUCUAUGAUGCCUAUAAUGGGUUACCUUGUGGACCUGCGGCACGUGUCUGUUUAUGGAAGUGUGUAUGCCAUUGCUGAUGUGGCUUUCUGCAUGGGGUUUGCUUUAGGUCCAUCUAUCGGAGGAUCCAUCGCUGAGAGCAUUGGCUUUCCCUGGCUGAUGACCAUAAUUGGAAUAGUAGAUAUUUUCUUUGCUCCUCUUUGCCUCUUCCUCAGGAAUCCUCCAGGACAAGAAGAGAAAAUUGCCAUUUUGAUGGAUACCAACUGCUCAAUGAAGACAAGAUCCUACUCCACACAGGGGACUUACUACCAGGGUGAAAACAUGGAUCCAGAGUAUGACGACUAUGAUUAACAGGACUCCAGCCAUGCAAGUUAACCGUUCAGAGGAUCUAUUUUGUUGUAUAAAAACAGGAACACAGAAGAAAAAAAACAACAAAGAAACAAAACAGCCAAGUUAUUUCCAUGUGAAUGUCCCACAUUCAGUCUUAACUCUUCACUGUCCUCGUAGCGGUUGUACUGGAGCAAACCAAAGUUGUUCUUCAUAUGUGGUUGCAAGCGCAUCGUUUAAGAGAUAUUUUUUUAGCCAACAGCCUUAUUCAGUAGAGAGAUGUGUCAAAAAGCACCUUUUAGGCAGUAGGAGGGUGCUAAGCAACAAGUACGCUUUGCUAGUUAAUUUGAAAUACAAAUCGUAAUUCAUGUGUCAGCCAUUAAAAGUAUAAUUUUUAUAUGUCUGUACAUCAUACUGUCCAGAGUAUUAUUACCAGACCUUGGUGUGCAAGUUGGUAUUGUUAAUUGUGAGGUAUGUAAAGACACUGUUGUUUGUUUAAAAUCCAGGACGAUUUGUUGGCCCAGUCUUGUUUGCAUUGAUACAGUUACAAAAGUCCAUACUUAGGACUGAACUGUGUCGGGAAGUCAACACAUUGGAACUGCUUAAGAAAAGGAUGAGGAAUGUAUUCUAAAACACAACAUAUCCUCCUAAUAUGAACAGAACCUACAUGUUUUGGAAUUUGGCAACAGCAGAGAAAAAAAUAAUUUAAAGCUGCUGUUCAUACAUUUUUUUAUUUAAUAAAUCAUUAAUGCUGUAAGUUCUCAAAUAGUGGCCUUUAUGUACAUCAGUGACAGGGAGAACCAGGCCUACAACAGGCUUAUAGUAGAGACAUGCUUUAUUCCUAUAUAAUUUCCUCUAUCGUGCCAGUUAAAGCAUUUUCAAAACAUCCUUUAACUACCUAACUGCCAUAUUUCCACAGCACUAAUUCCAUCUGUACAACAACAUAGUUGUGUCAUACUCAACACACUGCUGCCCUGAGUCUUUCUUUUCUUUCUCUAAACUGAAAUACAGUUUAUAUUGUGAUGUCUUGAGAGAUUGGGGGCUUCACUCUUGGAGCUUUUGAGGCGGGGCUGCAGGAAAUUAGGACAUCAAAAGUGUCGGUGUAUACCCUCUUCUCAUUUCUUUUUCAUUUUUAUUUUACAUUUAUUUACCCAGAUAAGACGAACAAAUUCUCGUUUAGAAUGAUGACCUGGCCAACGGACAGCGACAGUCCCAGGUCAGCUUCCUUCUUGCAAACAAAAACAGAUAUUUAAAUCAAAUUUCUAGUUUGCUGUCUUAUUGGUAAUAACUGUGACUGUUUACAUGCACAAACUAUAUUUUGCCCUUAUUCUGAAAAAGGCAAUAUUUCUACUAAGCUGUUUAAAUGUCUAAUAAAAAUGAAUAUUCCACUAAUAUUACCGUUUACAUGCAGCUGUGCAUACUCCUGUUAAGGACAUACAAAUUACCUUCCUCUUCCUUCUCUCUCCUUUUUACACUGCAGUCAAAUUAAGAGGAAUAGCUGGAGCUGCGGCAGCCAUUUUGCCUCUUUGCAUCAAGAAAGGAUUUCUUUAAAUAAUUAGCAAUUUCCAAACAGAAAAUGCUGUUUACAUCACCCUUAUCAAAUGUGGAAUACCGUCAUAUUAGUGGAAAAUGAGUGUGCAUGUAAACAUAUUGAGUGUCUCUUCUAGCUCAUCCACUAUAGCCAAUCAACUAUGAUUCAGCUGGGCAGCAACCAUUGUCCUAACUGCCCUGCUGACUAUAAGAUAAGAUGUCGCUUAGAAUGUGGCACAGCAGCACAGGGGAAUGUAGUGCAAAAGAGUAGAGAGAGAAUAAAAAUAUAAAUAUAAAAAAUAUAUAUCGUAGAAAUAUAAAAUAUGGGUUUUGUAGUCUUUUAAUGGACACCACGAUGGGUAGUCCUUGUUGCAGCCACCGGGAGGGACACUACCCCUCAUGACAUUAUAAUAUUCACGUACUGAUUCCAGUCACUUCCACUUUGACGUUUAAUCAAUUGAUAUAAAGCUAGAAAACGAAACUCAAAACUUCAAGCAAAGUUUUAACAUUAAAAGUCUUCCCUUUAUUUUUGGCUUUUAAUGUGUGGAGGAGUUUCACUGGCAAUGAAUGAAUUUGUGUCAAAGUUCACAAACAUUGUACUUGAAGCAAAAUAUAUACACACAGAUUUCAGAUUUAAAGGAUCCAAUGAUUGCAGUGGUUCAAUUGAAUUCAGUUGAUUUUGCAGUUUUAAAUGCUGAUCUGACUGCUGCAUUGCUAUCUGUGGAUUCAAACGCUUGGCUACACCUUAACCAGGUGGUUAAUGCAGGUUCUGCUUCAAGCGGAACACACUUAGAAUUAGUGAUUUAGUAUCAAAUCUAUUGAAUGUUUUGAGUAUCAAGACCUGACUGUAGACUUUUAGUUUAUAGCUUUAACUUAACUAACUUAACUAACCUAACUAACUUCAUAUAUAGCUAACUGUCAUCGGCUUGAAGUCACAGCAGUUGGAUGAAUGGAUGGUUUUCCAAUUGCGACGCAGAAAAAAAUGCAUAAAAACAUCCCUAGAAACUGCAGUAUAAUCCAUUUUCCUCAGCGUAGCUCAAUACAGAAAAAAGCCCAGGUGUUAUUUAUAAUGUUAAUAAAAACUGCAUUACAUUUAGCUUAUCCAGUUCCAGCGUGGAUAUCUGGUUGCAUGCUCCUUCACUGCAGUGGCUAACUUGGACACCUGGAACAUAGGGUAGAAACGCAUAGAAAGUGAGCCAGAAAGGUAGCUGGGUUUAACAAUCGCAAUGUAACUGCGGGCCUGUUGUAUUGUCUGUAAUUUGUUGGUGUAAAGUUACUGAUGAUUAAAAAAUAAAUGGCACAAAAAAGAAAUCAGGAUACCCAGCAAUGAUAGAUGUCAGUGUGCAGGGUAAACUUUAAAUAUAUUAACUGUGACCUGUGACAUGGGUCAUAUUUUUAUUGUAAAUCAGUUUAAUUUACAGCUCAUUAUUUACAACAUUGAUCAGAAACAGCUUCUGUACUGAUUUGUAUCAUGAGCCAAAAUAGCAACAGCAGUGGAAGCGGCAGUAAACUGCAUUUUGAUUGACAGCUCGAUGGAUCUACUCACCGACAGCUGAGUGGGGGAGGUGUCGCCAUUUCUUGGUGGGCCUGCCACUUUCUGUGUGUCUGUGCCCUGAGCCAUCAUUAUCUUAUUACUUACACCUGUGUUUCCUUCGCUUUGUCAAAAUGUGGGCUGUGGAAAGGGUCUGUUGUCACAUGUGACAAGUGGUUUGUGCUGUACUGUUGAUGGAGUGUUCCUUUGUCAGUGUGUCCAUAAACAUUAGAUUUCACCAAUCUGCAUUAAAGGAAUAGUUGGACAUUUUGCUAAUUAAACCAAGCUAACCGCCUGCUGGUUCCAUGUUUACAUGAUAAUGGUAUCAAUCUUGUCGUCACAUCUGGCAAGAUCACUUAUAAACACAUUUCGAAAAAUGUCCAACUUUUUCUUUAGGUUUCCCCUUAGCGGAUAUUCUGUGUAUGUUUAAUAUUUGACAUUUAUAAAACCUUGCAAAAAUAUAAAAGCAUAAAAUAUAAAAAGUAUUCAUUGUUUCCAUCAUAGUUGUGUUCUUGGUGUAGUGGAGAGCCUCUAAAUUAGGGGUCUCAAUCUCAAAUUUGCUUGGGGCCACUGCUGGUAUUGUCAUCUCAUGAGAGGGCCAGUGCAAUGUACUACAAUAAAGCAAAAUAUUCUGAAAAUAUUUCCAUUGCUAACAUAAUAUUUACCAAAAAUACAAGUUAAAUUAAGGUCUAAAACUAGAUCUCUACUUUGCAUGCAUUUCUGGGUACCAUUGACCUUUGCUAUUAAUUUGCACCAAACUAAAUACCAUUUGUAAAACAGAGUUAUGUUUUAAUUUUUUUUCAGUUGUAUAUGAAGGGAUAGUUUAAAUUCGUAUGAAACAACUAGAAAAAAUAAUAAAAAAUAAAAAUCUUAUCUUAAAUAUUCUG